AUGGGGGAACCAGAGUCAAAGACGGUCCACGUGGUCGAGGGCGACCUGAAUGCUGUUGGUUGGGAAGGGCCAGAUGACCCCGAGAAUCCCCAGAACUGGCCAGAAAAGAGGAAAUGGGCAAACGUGGCGGCUUUAUCCAUCAUGACCAUUCUCACGCCUCUGGGUUCGUCCAUGUUCGCCCCUGGCGUCCCAAACAUCAUGCGCGAGUUCAAGUCGACCAACGAGAACCUUGCCACGUUUGUCGUAUCCGUUUAUGUCGCGGGAUUCGCCUUUGGACCUCUGCUGGCCGCGCCUGCGAGCGAGAUCUAUGGCCGCGCCAUCUGCUACAACAUUGCCAACGUCGCAUUCAUCGUCUUUUCUGUGGCCACCGCUCUCAGCAAGGAUAUGGGCAUGUUGAUUGGCUUUCGCUUCCUCAUGGGCUUCGCCGGCUCGACACCCAUCACCAACGGUGCAGGAACGGUGUCUGACAUGUUCCCGGUUGAGCAGAGGGGCAAGGCCAUGGCCAUCUGGGCCAUGGGUCCGCUCCUCGGGCCAUGCAUCGGACCUGUUGCUGGAGGCUAUCUUGUGGAGAGCUUGGGCUGGCGUUGGGUUUUUUGGAUCAUCGCCAUUGCGGCCGGGGCCAUAUCUGUAGCCUGCUUCUUCCUGGUGACGGAGACAUACCACCCUACCCUUCUUCACAGAAAGACCAUGCGUCUGCAAAAGGAAACUGGGAACGUCGACCUCUACUCCAAGCUCCAAGACCGUUCCGUCACGCGCCCCCAGUACUUCAAAUUGUCCAUGGUGCGACCGCUCAAAGUUCUUUUCAUGUUGCCACCCGUCAGCAUCAUGGCGCUCUACAUCGCUCUCGUCUCGGGGAUUAUGUACUUGCUCUUUGCAACUUUCACCUUUGUUUUCGGGCAGCAGUACAUGUUCUCGACAGGGAUCGACAUUUUCAUCAAACGCAAACUGGCCAAAGGAGAGGAGCCGGUCCCCGAGGACAGAAUUCCCCUGAGUCUGACGUUGACGGCCGGAACCAUUAUCCCCGUGUCCAUGUUCUGGUAUGGAUGGUCCAUUGAGCAGAAGGUGCAUUGGAUAUGUCCCAUGAUUGCGACCGCAGCCUUUGGGUUCGGCAUGAUGGGCGUCAUGAUGUGCAUUCAGAUUUACCUCAUUGACAGCUACGUCAAAUAUGCGGCCUCCGUGGUGGCGGCUAUCACUGUUCUGCGGUCAAUCGUGGGAGCUCUACUACCCCUGGCCGGUCUAUCUUUCGCGAGCUACCUCUUCCACCUCGACAUACCGCGCAUCACAGCCUUCGACGUGAUGCCCUCAACGAGCCCUCCCGGCAAUGUCGCCGGGCUGCGACCCGCUGUCCUCGGACUGGCUAAGCUGGUGACACUUACAUACUCGACUGUCGCGGCCUCACCGCUGCUGCCGCGCGGUCACCACGUUGGAAAUGACGAGGCAGAGGAGGAAGACGGCAUGCCCAUUUGGAUCUAUCUUGUCGCCUCAGUUAUCCUCACGCUCGUUGGAGGUGUGUUUGCGGGUCUGACAAUCGCGUUGAUGGGACAAGACAGCAUCUAUCUGCAGGUGUUGCAGGACGAUCCGACCGAACCGCAACAUAAAAAUGCCAGAAGGGUGCUGGAUCUUCUCAAGAAAGGCAAGCAUUGGGUCCUUGUCACCUUGCUGCUGAGCAAUGUGAUUGUCAACGAGACCCUGCCUGUGGUGCUGGAUCGCGCACUCGGCGGCGGUGUCGCAGCCGUUGUGGGCAGCACGGUCCUGAUUGUAAUUUUUGGCGAAGUCAUCCCGCAGUCUCUCUGUGUGCGCUACGGCUUGCCCAUCGGCGGGUACAUGUCCAAGCCCGUUCUCGGGCUCAUGUUCGUGACCGGCUUCAUCUCCUGGCCGACCGCCAAGCUUCUCGACUACCUGCUGGGCGAGGACCAUGGCACCGUGUACAAGAAGAGCGGCCUCAAGACCCUUGUGACCCUACACAAAUCUCUCGGCGAGCUGUCGGAGCGCUUGAACCAGGACGAGGUCACCAUCAUCACGGCCGUGUUGGAUCUGAAGGCCAAGGCUGUGUCGGACGUCAUGACGCCAAUGGACGAUGUCUUUACGCUGUCGGAAGAUCACAUCCUGGAUGAAAAGACCAUGGACAAGAUCCUGCACAUGGGCUACUCUCGCAUCCCCGUGUACCGCGCCGGUAACAGCUCCGACUUUGUUGGUAUCUUGUUGGUCAAGACACUGAUCACCUACGAUCCCGAGGACAAUGUACCCGUCAAGGACGUGCCGCUGGGAGCCGUUGUCGAGACGCGUCCCGAGACAAGCUGCUUGGACAUUAUCAACUUCUUCCAGGAGGGCAAGUCGCAUCUUGUCUUGGUGUCCGAAGCCCCUGGUGGCGAUCACGGGGCUCUGGGUGUCGUGACGCUAGAAGACGUCAUUGAGGAGUUGAUUGGAGAGGAAAUUGUGGACGAGUCGGACGUCUACGUGGACGUGCACAAGGCGAUCCGCCGCCUCACACCCGCCCCCCGUGCCCGCCGGAUCGAAGCCACUGCCGCUGCCGCCGCAGCUCAGAAGACGACGGAACAUCCUGUUCUCGUGGACAUUGCCGAAGACGGGCAAGGUAACACCAUCCAAGUCGGGUCGUAUGGUGCUGCGGGUGACGGCAUUAACGACACCCGACCCCGGACGGCCAUAUUCAUGAAGCGCCGCCGGUCUGCUGGGCCGGAUGGCCGUAUGGAGGAGAGGCCGGAAGCCGUGCGUGGCUCGCUAAAGGACGUGAAGCAGCAGAUGCGCCUCGGGCCCGCCAAUAGGGCUGCGCACCCGAGAGCGUCGAGACGCGAUCAGUUCAAGACGAAGCAGGGCAUCAGCGGCCAGGACCGGGAGACUCCUCGUUCCGCAUCCGCGAACGCUAGCAGUGAAAGAACGCCUCUAUUGGAUGGCGAGCAAUCGGGAGAGCGGUCCUCGCGCGGCAAAGCCAAUGGAAACGGUAACUGA